AUGAAACACCUGGAUCGUUUUCUACGUCAUGUUCAAGGCAAAGAGAAACCCAACCAUCCGACCCCGAGUGAGUCGAGUCCUGAUAAUAACCAGGUUGGAUCUGAGGCGUAUUCCCAACCGCCGCCCAAUACCUUUGCUCAAAAUGCGCCACAAGCUCCAAUUGCUCCGUCGGAGCCACUGAGCGUUUUCGCUCAUUUCCUGGUUGGGACUGCCGGAGCUAUGUCACCUGCCGAGUGGGAACGCGAUAUCAUCGAGGCGCAGAAAGCUCAUAUUGACGGAUUCGCCCUAAACAUUGCUCCCCAAGAUGACUAUACCGAUAGAGUCCUACAAACAGCAUAUGAUGCUGCCGAGAGAAUAGGUGACUUCUCGCUUUUCCUCUCGUUUGACUAUCUAUCUGGAGGCCCAUGGCCGCAAGACCGAGUCAUCACCAUAAUCAAUACGUAUAAGAGCAGACGAGCCCAAUUUCUCUACAAAGGGAAGCCAUUGGUGUCCACAUUUGAAGGCGUGGGGAAUUCGGGUGACUGGCCAAAUAUAAAGAAUGCGACUGGCUGCACGUUUAUUCCUUCCUGGACCAGCCUUGCGCCAUCGGGUUUACGCACUGUCCACAAUGUGAUUGACGGCGCGUUCAGCUGGGAUGCCUGGCCGGUUGGGGCAGAAGACAAGGACUCAUCUAGCGACAAGGCGUGGAUCGAUGCACUUGCCGGAAAACCGUACAUGAUGGCCGUUUCUCCAUGGUUCUACACGAACCUUCCACAAUGGAAUAAGAACUGGCUUUGGCGUGGCGAUAACCUAUGGCAUUAUCGCUGGCGCCAUGUUAUGGAUUUACAGCCGGCGCUGGUUCAGAUCCUCAGCUGGAACGACUACGGAGAGACGCACUACAUCGGGCCAAUUUACGAGCCGGGGGUCCCAGAUGGAGCUAUGCGCUUUGUGAAAGGCUGUCCCCAUGAUGCGUGGCGUGAAUUACUACCACACUAUAUCGAUGCCUAUCGCCGGCAGAACGCGAUGGUUCGAGAGGGAGUGUCAAACCCAGGCGCAGUGACCUCGUAUGCCCCUAAACAGCCUCUUCCGUAUAAUGACAAGAUUGUGUAUUGGUAUCGACUCAAUCCGAGCACCUCUGGAAAUGCCGGCGGAACAACAGGAAACAACCCGAAUAUGGGCCAGCCGGAGUUGAAACCGGGUGAGGUGUCGCAGGAUAAAGUAUUUGUCAGUGUGCUGGUGACUGAGCCAAGCGAUGUGCAUAUUCGCAUUGGCGAUGCAGCACCUACAAUCUUAUCUGCAGAAGAAUGCGGAGUAAACCACGUCUCUGUGCCUUUCAAUGGGCAGUCAGGGCCAGUGCACUUUGCAAUUGUGCGCAAUGGCAGGGAAAUCGAGUCGACCAGGGGCCCUGCUAUAACGGAAAAUUGCGCGGACGGCUUGGUGAACUGGAAUGCAUUUGUUGGAUCAAGUUAG